CCUGUCAUCGCGCUGGGUUUGGUUAGUCCGCCAUCUUGGCUGCGGCUAGCGGAGCGGCUAGCAUAGAGUGUCUCCAGACCGGCUGAGGAGAUCCUGAACCAACCGAACCGGGUCUGUCUCUCAGAACCGACCCGGACCAGAGUCCAGCAGGCAGAUCUGGACCCGCUGUGGUCCCAGAAACAGGGCCACACUGCGGUCCUCGUGCCGGGCUAACUCUCUGGCUAACUCCGCCGGUACAGAGGAACUGUUGCUCCGGUUCGCUCUCUGUGCGGUUCACUGCCGGAAAACAAGCCGAACCGAACCGAACCGAACCGAACCCGACAGGUAACAGUCCGCUCCUGCAGGCGGACCGGAACCAGGGAUGCCGGUUAAGGUCCGGCCCAAAUAGACCCGAGCUGAACUUUCAGCAGUCCGCUAACUUCAUCCAGCAGCUCCGGAGCGGACAGCGGCUUCAUGACCGAACCUCCCUCACUCUGACCCGGGUAACAUGUCCACCAGGACCCCCCUACCCACCGUCAACGAGCGGGACGCCGAGAACCAUACCUCAGUGGACGAUGGGCGUGGUCAGGUAUCGUCCCGCUCUGUCCGCUCCGCUCGCUGUAAGAACUCUUUGUCCGCCGCUGACGAGACGCCGCACAUCGGGAAAUACCGACUGCUGAAAACUAUCGGAAAGGGAAACUUCGCCAAAGUGAAACUGGCUCGACACAUCCCCACUGGACGAGAGGUGGCGAUCAAAAUCAUUGAUAAGACCCAACUGAACCCCACCAGCCUACAGAAGCUCUUCAGAGAAGUCAGAAUAAUGAAGAUCUUAAAUCACCCAAACAUUGUGAAGCUGUUUGAGGUGAUAGAGACUGAGAAGACUCUGUACCUGGUGAUGGAGUACGCCAGUGGAGGUGAAGUGUUUGACUACCUCGUAGCUCACGGCAGGAUGAAGGAGAAGGAGGCCAGAGCUAAAUUUAGACAGUCUGAACCUGUCUGUCUGCAGAUUGUGUCUGCAGUGCAGUACUGCCAUCAGAAGCACAUCGUUCACCGGGACCUGAAGGCGGAGAACCUCCUCCUGGAUGCUGAUAUGAAUAUUAAGAUAGCAGAUUUUGGGUUCAGUAAUGAGUUCACUGUCGGUGGGAAACUGGACACUUUCUGUGGUUCUCCUCCGUAUGCUGCUCCUGAACUCUUCCAGGGUAAGAAGUAUGAUGGUCCAGAAGUGGAUGUGUGGAGUUUAGGAGUUAUUCUCUACACUCUUGUUAGUGGAUCUUUACCAUUUGAUGGACAGAACCUCAAGGAGCUGAGGGAGCGGGUUCUUCGUGGUAAAUAUCGGAUUCCUUUCUAUAUGUCUACUGACUGUGAGAACCUGCUGAAACGCUUCCUGGUUCUGAACCCGGGGAAACGAGGAACUCUGGAGCAAAUCAUGAGGGACCGUUGGAUCAAUGCAGGCUCUGAUGAGGAGGCUCUGAAGCCGUUUGUGGAGCCAGAGCUGGACAUCAGGGACCAGAACCGGAUCGACCUGAUGGUGGGGAUGGCCUACUCCAGAGAGGAGAUCAACCAAUCACUCGCCAACAGGAAGUAUGAUGACAUCACCGCCACCUACCUGCUGCUGGGGCGCAGGGCCGCUGAGGUGGAGGUGAGUGACUCCUCGUCUUCCAGCAGCGUGCCCCUCCUCAAACCUCGUCCGUCCAGCAGUAGCCAGUCUCCUGCUCACCUCCUCAACCAGCGCUCCUCCUCCUCCUCCUCCUCCUCCUCCUCCAAACAGAGGAGGUACAGUGACCAAGGUACGUACCAAUGUGCUCCUACUCCUCCUCCUCUCUUCAAACAGAGGAGGUACAGUGACCAAGUGUGUCCGGCCUCCUCAGCCGCUCCCCCCUCCAGGAGGAGUCAGGCAGCAGCGUCAGCAGAGGAGGAGGUGAAGCAGGAGGUGGGAGGUGAGAACAGGAAGUGCAGUCCUGUGGAGGGAGGGAGUCCUCUGCUUGGGAACGCCAACAACCCCAACAUGGCCGACAUCCCAGAGCGGAGAAAGACUUCGGCCGCACCCACCAGUGGAACGUCCAGCAUGACGAGGAGGAACACGUAUGUGUGCAGUGAGAGGAACUCCACAGAGCGACCCCCUGUGAUCCAGAACGGCAAAGAGAACAGUUCAGCCUCUACCCCCCCUCAGAGGUCAGUGGGCGGAGCCUCCACCCACAGCAUCAGCAGUGGGGCCACUCCCCCCGACCGACUGCGGUUCCCACGGGGGACGGCGAGCCGCAGCACGUUCCACGGCGGUCAGCUCCGAGAGAGACGCACCGCCACCUACAAUGGCCCCCCUGCCUCGCCCAGCCUGUCACAUGACGCCACGCCUUUAACUCAAUCACGAGCCAGAGGAUCCACCAACCUGUUCUCCAAACUCACCUCCAAACUCACACGCAGAGGGGGCUCAGAGGUCGAGAGGAACGGCAGACCUGAGGGCUCCAGUCGCAGCGUGUCCUGCGAUCAGAAGGAGGAACCUGGAUCUCCUGCUCCUCCUCUGAAGGAGUCGAAGCCUCGUUCCCUGAGGUUCACGUGGAGCAUGAAGACCACGUCCUCCAUGGAUCCUCAGGACAUGAUGAAGGAGAUCAGGAAGGUCCUGGACGCCAGCAACUGCGACUACGAGCAGCGUGAGCGCUUCCUGCUGCUGUGUGUCCAUGGCGACGGGCUCGCCGACAGCCUCGUCCAAUGGGAGAUGGAGGUGUGCAAACUGCCCCGCCUCUCGCUCAACGGAGUCCGCUUCAAACGGAUCUCAGGAACCUCCAUCGCCUUCAAGAACAUCGCCUCCAAGAUCGCCAACGAGCUCAAGCUGUAGACAGACGGGUCAGAGAGAGAGAGAGAGAGAGAGACAGGUCAGAGGGAGAGAGAGAGAGAGAGAGAGAGAGAGAGACAGGUCAGAGGGAGAGAGAGAGAGAGAGAGAGAGAGACAGGUCAGAGGGAGAGUGAGACGGGUCAGAGGGAGAGGGAGAAUGAGACAGGUCAGAGAGAGAGAGAGAGACAGGUCAGAGGGAGAGAGAGAGAGACAGGUCAGAGAGAGAGAGGGGAGAGAGAGGGAGAGAGAGACAGGUCAGAGGGAGAAUGAGACAGGUCAGAGAGAGAGAGAGAGAGACAGGUCAGAGAGAGAGAGAGAGAGACAGGUCAAAGGGAGAGGGAGAAUGAGACAGGUCAGAGAGAGAGAGAGAGAGAGAGAGACAGGUCAGAGAGAGAGAGAGAGAGACAGGUCAGAG